AUUGGUUUCUACAGUAUUACUUCUCAAAAUAAAAUGUUUACCAAAUUAAUUUUGUAUUUUAGGAAUUCGAGACGACUUCCAAUUCCAACGACUCUUUUUCUUACUUAUUCUCAAACUUUCGAUUCCGCGGUCUUGAUCUCUAUACGCGGAAUUCGAAAGCUUCAGUUCUGGACAUCCAAUUCCUCAAUCCCGCAAUAAUUCCAAUUUCCGGGGAAACUCCAUUUGAUUCCUUGUAUACGACGACUUUUGCUUUUGACCUUUUUUCCCUUUUUUGGUACCAUUUUUCCGUAGCCGGUGGGAGCGGAUUUCAAUGGGAACCCCAGAAUUCCCAGAUCUCGGGAAGCAUUGCAGCGUCGAUGACUGCAAGCAGAUCGAUUUCUUGCCGUUCACAUGCGAUCGCUGCCGCCAGGUGUUUUGUUUGGAGCACCGGAGCUACAUUAAACACAGUUGUCCAAAAGCUGACAAACAAGAUGUCACUGUUGUCAUCUGCCCUCUCUGUGCGAAAGGAGUUCGCUUGAUCCCUCAAGAAGACCCAAACAUUAGUUGGGAGACACAUGUGAACACUGAAUGUGACCCUUCAAAUUAUGAAAAAGUCACUAAGAAGAAAAAAUGUCCCGUCCCUGGUUGCAGGGAGGCCCUUACAUUCUCAAACACGAUCAAGUGCAGGGACUGCUUGGUAGAUCAUUGUUUGAAGCACAGGUUUGGACCUGACCACAAAUGUUCUGGACCUAAGAAAUCAGAAGCAGGUUUCCCAUUUAUGGGUCUUUUGAGUAGAAGUAGAACAGAAAAUUCAAAACCCAACCGAGCUCCAACGUCAUCCUCCUCCAAGUGGACUUCAAACUUUCUUAAUGCAGCUUCAACAGUUAGAGCCUCAGCUGAAGCUGGCAUGGCAAAAUUGAGCACUGAAAUAAGCCAAAAAUGGCAGAUCGCAAAGGAUGGAAUAGGGCACAGCAGCAAUAGCAGCAGAGUGGGUGGAAUUGGACAAGAAGAGUGCCCGCAGUGUGGUGCGAAGUUCUCCUCAGUUACAGCUCUGGUGGAGCAUGUGGAGAAAGUUCAUGAAACGAGUGUCAGGCGAGGUGGGAUGAAGGAGGUAUCAAUUGAUGUCUGCCCAAAGUGCAGUAGAGGAUUUCGUGAUCCCGUUUCACUUGUGGAGCAUGUUGAGAGGGAUCACGGUUGUACUCCAAGAGCUUAGGAAUGCUUGUCAAAACAGCAGUGUACUUAUGGUUAUAGAAAUACCAAUUUCUCUUCUUAAAAGGACUAAUAGGAGGAGUAUGGUAAUUCCUUCUAAAGUCUGGGAUGAGUUUGUUCCUAAGUCACGUGGGACUCCUCAAUACACCCUCUCACGUGUGGGCCAGUAUUUCCUGUACCAUUAUCGUGGGUAGGUUGCGAGAGUCCAUCAUUAGUCAUAGCUUAGCUUACUCUGAUAUAAACAUCAAAUUCUCUCCUUAAAAGGCCUAAUAUGAGAAAUAGGAUAAUUCCUUAUAAAAUCUAGAAUAAAUUUGUUCCUAAAUACUCCUUAAUAAUGGUCAAAUCGUAUUUUCUUUUGCA